GGCGGCGCCACAGAGACGGCGAGAGGUGACGCGACAGAGACGGAAAAAGGCGACGCAGGCGGACACGGCGGCAACGGACAGGGGAAGCGACGGGAAGAGAGAAAGUCGCAACAAGUCAACACUUAGGAGCUGAUUGCUUUGAAGGCCUAAGGCCCAAGGAAAACGAAAGAAACAUCAAUACACCCUACUCUCCUAGCAAGUAGCAACACUGGAUAAAGGCGCAAAGCUAUUCCUAAACAAUCGGCCACUCUAUUGCCCCUCCCUGAGGGUGUGGAUGACAUUUCCUCAACUGAAAACACGCACACCAUGUGUUUGAUUAAUUUCCUGAACCUAUGUCUGUUCAAAUUAUGCAUGUCAUUCAAUGAUUUUGUUCCAUGGAUGUUGGAUUAGGAGAGUGUGGUAAAGCCAAUAGAAGGACAUAGUAGUGUUAACAAGCUGAGCUCCAAUCUGCUCCUUGGCUUCCCUUGGAGAUUUUUCUACUGCUAAACACCAUCCAUGGCUAUUGAAACUCUAGUCCUCGGUGCUGGGCAAGAGGUAGGGAAGAGCUGCGUGGUGGUUAACAUAAACGGGAAGCGGAUCAUGUUCGAUUGCGGAAUGCACAUGGGUGUCUCGGACCACCGCCGUUACCCCAACUUCAGUCUCCUUUGGCUCCUUUGAUGUUGGAAGAUUAUCGGAAAGUAAUGGUUGAACGCCAUGGCAAGGAAGAGCAAUUUAAUUCUGAUCAUAUUGCUGAGUGCAUGAAGAAAGUUAUUGCUGUGGAUCUGAGGCAGACUAUACAAGUAGACAAAGAUCUUCAAAUUCGUGCCUAUUAUGCUGGCCAUGUUCUUGGAGCUGCAAUGUUCCAUGCGAAGGUGGGAGACUCAGAAAUGGUAUAUACAGGAGAUUACAAUAUGACACCAGAUAGACACCUUGGAGCAGCCCAAAUUGAUCGACUGCGACUUGACCUUCUCAUUACUGAAUCCACAUAUGGAACUACAAUUCGUGAUUCAAAAUAUGCUCGUGAGAGGGAAUUCCUGGAUGCUGUUCAUAAAUGUGUUUCUGCGGGAGGAAAGGUGCUUAUUCCAACAUUUGGUCUUGGAAGGGCUCAGGAACUAUGCAUUUUGAUGGAUGACUACUGGGAGCGCAUGAAUUUGAAAGUUCCUAUAUACUUCUCAGCAGGUUUAACAAAGCAAGCUAACGUGUACUAUAAGAUGCUUAUCAAUUGGACAAGCCAGAAGAUUAAAGAUUCAUACCCUGCAAAUAAUGCUUUUGAUUUUAAGAAUGUUUGCAAGUUUGAGAGGUCUGUACUAGAUACUCCUGGUCCUUGUGUUCUUUUUGCAUCUCCUGGGAUGAUAAGCGGUGGCCUUUCGCUCGAAGUUUUCAAACGUUGGGCACCAUUUGAAAAUACCCUUGUUGCUUUACCUGGAUAUUGUUUGCCUGGAACAGUAGGACAUGUAUUAAUGUCUAAGCCCCCAAAAAUUGAAUUGGACCCCAACACAAAAAUUGAUGUGCGUUGCCAGGUUCAUCAAUUGGCUUUCAGUCCUCACACGGAUUCUAAAGGAAUAAUGGAUCUAAUAAAAUUUCUCUCCCCUAAGCAUGUUAUACUAGUGCAUGGUGAGAAGCCUAAGAUGGUUUCUCUUAAAGAAAAAAUUCAUUCUGAAAUGGGGAUUCCAUGUUAUCAUCCUGCAAAUAAUGAAACUGUAUCCGUUCCUUCAACUGUCUAUGUAAAAGCUCAAGCAAGUGAUGCUUUCAUGGAAAGAUGCUUAAAGCCAAACUUCAAGUUACAUAAAUGCAGUUCACAGGAGCUAUCUAUCAAAACCUUGACAGACAAAAACAUAGUGCCUGAGCUUCAAGUGAUAAAUGAAAAAGCUGUAUUUAUAGUUGAGGAUAAAAGCAAAAAGCUGAAAGUUGUGCAUAAUGAUGAGGUUUUGGUUAUGUUGGGGGAAAAGAAGACGGAGGAUUAGCAUGCAAAUUAUCUUGUGGUGUGUGUUUAUUAGAAUAUCUAUGGUGGGUGGUUGGUGACAGUAGCUAGUUUCACAUCCUAGGUUGUGUUUAUUAGUUUAGAUGGAUUUUGGAGGGGAGGAAAAAGCUUUGCAGGAAUAAAUCGCUUACGAGUUUUAUCCUUCUCUCUUGUUCUCGCAUAAUCACAAGCUAAUUAAUUACGCUUAAUUUUUGUUU